CGGUGUCACUCUCUCACACAUUUUUUAAAUUAAUUGGUUGCUGCUCAUUACGAAAUAUAUCUUGUUCAACUUAUAACCAAAUCACAUCAAAUUGAAUUGAUUCUGUUAUCAAUUUGAAACCUUUCCUUUCAUCAAGUUUGAUUCUAUCUGUUCAAUCAGCAAUCUUUGUGGAAAGAAACUUGAUAAUAGUUUGAGCCAAUUCAGGACAAUCAUAGAUUUAUUCAAUCACUAUUAUCAUCCCCACCCCCUCCUCCCACUUUAAUUCUCAACGACAGCAUCGACAUUGUUUCUAAGCAAUUGUACCAUCUCAUAAGUUUGUUUUAUAUCGAUCUAUUCAUUGAUUUCAUUUUAUUUCUUAUCUUAUCUUUUCGUUUCAUUUUUGGUUUGAAUAUCUGUUGUGCUAAUAGAAAGAUUUAUAGACCCUUACUAAUAUUCAUAAAAUACCCUUUUCCCCAGCUUUAGAUAUAUUUUUCAAUUAAUCAUUAUGUUCGAAAAUUUAAAAGCUUUUAUUAGACAUGGUAAACAAGCCAAUGAUAUUAAGAAAAGAAAUCUGGUGAGUCAAAAUGAAUUUAAUGACAAUAAUAAUGGAAAUAGUUAUCAAUCAACCAAUAAUCAAUCUACCUUUCAAAAUGAUAAUUCUUUUGGUAUUCAUGCUAAUAAUCUGGAUAUAACCUUAAUAAAUAAUAAUGCUGGCAUUCAAAACUUUUAUCCAACUCCUAAUGAACAACCUCGUGAAGAUCGUAAUUAUCAACAUGUUGCAACUCAUAUAGUUGAAGAAGAGAAUCUUCAAAAACAAAAACAAAAACUGACUAAAUUUCCAAAUUUAGAUGAUUAUGAUAUCAUUGAUAAAAUGGGUGAAGGGGCAUUUUCAAUUGUUUAUAAAGCAAAACAUCUUCCAUCAGGUGAAUUUGUUGCUAUCAAAAUUUUAAGAAAAUUUCAAAUGGAUCAAGCUCAAAAACAGGCGGUAUUAAAAGAAGUUACCAUAAUGAGACAACUAAAUCAUCCUAAUGUUGUAAAAUUCAUUGAAUUCAUUGAUUCUCAACCUUAUUAUUAUAUUGUUCAAGAAUUGGCUAUUGGAGGUGAAAUCUUUACUCAAAUUGUAAAAUAUACUUAUUUUUCAGAAGAUUUAUCUCGUCAUAUUAUUUAUCAAGUUGGAAAAGCAGUUAGAUAUUUACAUGAAGAAGUUGGUAUAGUUCAUAGAGAUAUUAAACCAGAAAAUUUAUUAUAUAUGCCCAUUGAUUUUAUUCCAAGUAAAGAUCCAAUUUCAAAAUUAAGAAAAUCUGAUGAUCCAUCCACUAAACAAGAUGAAGGGUUAUUUAUAAAAGGUGUUGGUGGUGGAAAUAUUGGUGUAGUUAAAAUAGCUGAUUUUGGGUUAUCAAAACAAAUUUGGGAACAUAACACUAAAACUCCAUGUGGUACAGUUGGUUAUACUGCUCCUGAAAUUGUUAGAGAUGAACGUUAUUCUAAAGAAGUUGAUAUGUGGGCUAUUGGUUGUGUAUUAUAUACUUUAUUAUGUGGAUUUCCCCCAUUUUAUGAUGAAAGAAUCGAAGCAUUGACUGAGAAAGUGGCUCGUGGUGAAUAUACCUUUUUAAGUCCUUGGUGGGAUGAAAUUUCAGUUGAUGCAAAACAAUGUGUAAAAAAAUUAUUAACAGUUGAUCCUCGUAAGAGAUAUACUAUUGAAGAAUUUUUAAAUGAUCCUUGGGUUAAUAAAAAUAAUAUUCCACAACCAAUUAGUUCUAAAGUUGAUACUGAUAUCAAUAAAGAACCUCAUCCAAUUCAAAAUUUCAACGUUAAAUAUUCUAAAAAAUUCAAAUCUAAGAAUGAAUUAUAUUCACCAGCUGCUGUAGCUUUAAGAGAUGCCUUUGAUAUUUCAACUGCUGUUCAUAGAAUGGGUGAAGAAGCUGCAUUGGCCAGUAAAAUUAAUCCAAAUACAAUCCAAGAUUUAGUUGAAGAAGAGGAAGAAGAAAAUGAAGAAGAUGUCGAUAAGGAUGGUCGUGUUUUGUUGCCAGCAUCAACAGUAACACCCAAACAAAGUCAUCGUCAUCACAAUCAUCAUAAACAACAAAAGGUGUUUGAUUUGAAUUUAGGUGGUGCUUCUAUUCUUGAAAGAAGAAAGAACAAACAAAUUCCAGUACAUAGCUAACAAAUUAUAUACUCUUUUUUAACAAUAUCUUAUUUUAGUUCUCUAGGCUCUUCUAAUCUUUUUGAUUCUUUUUUUUUUUUGAUUGUCUAAAAUAUAAUAAAUCUCUUUAUU